UACUAUGGGAUGUAUUUGACAUAUUCUUAUAUUAAAUAAGUCAAUAUAUGAGUAAAUUAAUAAUGCUACCAGAUGAAUUUUGUUAAUUUCAUGUUUAUAAAUGCAAUACCAGCAAUCAAACAGCUAGCGGCGGUAGGCAGGUUAGCGCGUGUUACUGAAACAUCUUGACAGACAAGAGAAGAAGAAAGCAGGCAAAAAUGGCAGCGUACAUGAAGAGCGUGAUGUGCCUUGUUUUUACGAUAGAGCGAAAUGCUUUUCUAACAUACAGGAGCAGUGUCAAUGUGGAGUCAAGGCGGUAUGUACGCGGACUGCGGAGGAAACCUGUCAGAGUGCUGUCUCCUGAAAAAGAGACGGGUAAAAUCAUAAAGCCGCCUCAGAUUCAGCCAGACGAGCCGAGCAUCCAGAAGGAGACCAGGGGAAGAAUCACCGCUGCAACGACAGAGAGAGACGCUGUCAAGGCCAGGAGUGAUGCGCAGUCAGCUACGAAACAUGCUUUUAGUGUGACAAAGAAUGAAGUGGACGGGCUGCGUUAUGAGAGGGCUUCUCCUGGAGAUAAAAGACUGGCGAGGUUAGUGAGUGUUGCUCGUUCCAGGACGUUUCGGGAGCACCAGGGUAAAAUCCUUCUCGAGGGCAGGCGUUUGAUCUGUGACGCCCUGGAUGCUGGUGCUAAACCACAGAUGGUGUUCUUCAGCACAGUGGAUCGACUCCGAGAGCUGCCCUUAGAUAAGCUGAGAAGGGCCACGCUCGUCAAAGUCAAGUUUGAGGACAUCAAGAUCUGGUCUGAUGUUGUGGCCCCACAAGGGGUGAUCGCCAUAUUUUCUCGCCCAGACCCUUCACGGUUAAACUUUGCAAGCAAAGGUCACUCAGUGCCAUUGUCUCUGAUAUGUGACAACAUCCGGGAUCCUGGGAAUCUUGGGACAAUGUUGCGAUGUGCUGCUGCUGCUGGCUGUCAUAAUGUCCUUCUCACCAAGGGUUGUGUGGAUGCUUGGGAGCCUAAAGUUCUGCGUGCAGCAAUGGGCGCCCAUUUCCGCCUUCCCAUCUAUCCCAGCCUGGACUGGGAUGAUAUUGAAAAUCAUCUCCCUAAACCUGUGACUGUCCAUGUGGCUGACAACAGUGGCAGCCUCGAUAGAAGUAGAGAAGCGGAAGUUAAUGUGUCUCACAAGCCGUCCAAAGCUGGAGAUUAUGGCUGGGUUAGCGCAAGAUCCAACCGCAAAAACACGGGCUAUGAGGAAUAUGAUUCUGAUUCGGGCUCUGAAGAUGAGGGGCUCUCACUCCCCAGAGUGGACACAAAGCUGUACUGUGACAGCUGGGCUCACAGCCCAACUGCUCUUGUGAUAGGCGGUGAGACACAUGGUCUGAGUCUAGAGGCGGUCCAGUUAGCAGAGAAAACCGACGGCCACAGGCUCUUUAUUCCCGUUGUUCCUGAUGUGGACAGCUUGAAUUCAGCCAUGGCAGCUAGCAUCCUUUUGUUUGAGGGCAGGAAGCAACUGUUAAAACUGCUGCAAACAUCUGGAAAGAAAUGGCAGGCUAAAGCUGAGAGGCAGUUUUCAUGAUGCUUCCAUUAAAUAUCAGACCAAAUGGAACAUCCCAGAUAAUCUUCUGCUAAUGAUACAAUUUGCAUGUAUGUUUGUGUUAUAUGAAUUUAUGUAGCUUUUUUUUUUUUUCCAUUGUGAAAAAAAUAUUUUGACUGAUUUCUCUAUUAAAUGUCAAACAGUAAAACUAGAAUUUUCCAGAGCCCAAACUGGUGUUUUUAGACUCCCUUUAUAUCCAGUUAUCAGCUGAAAGAAAUUGAGCAUUUUGUCCCCACUGACCUCUUUUCACUCCCCAUGUGUUUAUAUGCCACUACUGCAUAUCAUUAAGUUCUUGCUUCUCACAACUGCCAAGAAAUUGCUCAUAUGGGAUUGUUUUUUUUUUCCUUUCUUUAAUAUUGGAGGUUCUGUAUAUGAAGUGCCUUGGUUUGGCUGUUGGGACUUAGUGUGGGACCUUAGUGUGGCAGCAGGCUUUCCCAAACUCGGCAAAUAGAAAUGUGGGUGCAGGAGUUAUAAAGAAAAUAGCAAUACAGUUAAAAUUAUCAAAAUUGGUGACAGAUGCUCUUUAAUUUUGAGAAAAGAGCUGCUAAAUAUUUGCCACAGCAUCAAAAUAAGGUGGUAAGCUGCUCUAGUACCAUACACAGCACCUGUUAUUAUUAACUGUUUUUGAUGCAAUCUUUUGAUUAUAUUUAUAAUAGAUUUUGUGCUGGAAGACUGAUAUAAGCUAUAAAAACCAGGAUGAUUAAAGGUUCAGAGAGCUUCCCCCUGGUGGUCCCUCCUGAAGUUUAUUCUCCGUAUAAAUCUCAAUUUAUAAGUGGAAAAAAAAAGCAUUUCUCCCUUUCUCUUCUAAUAAUUUUCUCUAGCAUAAGGUCAAAAGUUUCUACCCA